CCACAGGGAGAAAAGAGAUCGGAAGAGGCAUAGAACCGUCAUCUGUUUCUCAAGUAGUACUAGUGCCGAAGAAGGGUGGGUUCUACCAUGGGGUCGCUGGAGAACUGUAGCUCGGAAAAUGGUGACUACGAGGCCGCGGCGGCGAAGGAGAAUCUGGUGGGCCGGACGGCUCAGAAUCUUUCGUCGUCGUUGGUCCGAAAGAAAUCGGAUCCAAUGCUGGUUUCCAAGGUUCGGUUUCGGUUGGUGAGAGAGUUUCUGGCCAACCUUCAAGAAGUGGUGCUUGGGACCAAGCUCUGCUUGCUCUUCCCUGCGAUUCCCUUGGCGAUCCUCGCCCAGUAUUACGAUUUCGGAAGACCUUGGAUUUUUGCUCUGAGUUUACUAGGGCUCACACCGCUUGCUGAACGCGUCAGCUUUCUGACAGAACAAAUCGCAUACUACACUGGCCCAACAGUUGGAGGGCUGCUGAAUGCAACAUGUGGCAAUGCCACGGAGCUGAUAAUAGCACUAUUUGCACUUCGCCAAAGGAAAAUACAUGUGGUGAAGUACUCUCUAUUUGGCUCUAUUCUCUCAAACCUUCUUCUUGUUCUUGGGAGCUCUCUAUUCUGCGGAGGCCUAGCAAACCUGAAAAAGGAACAAAGAUUUGACAAAAAGCAAAGUGAUGUGAACAUGCUGCUUCUGCUGCUGGGCUUGCUUGGUCUGCUGCUGCCACUGAUGUUCAGAUAUGCUGCUGAGCAGCACAGCGCCUUAGCCGCCGGCCCCGUUCUUCUUCUGUCCAGAAUCAGCAGCAUUGUGAUGCUUGUUGCAUAUGUUGCAUAUCUCUUCUUCCAGUUAAAAACCCACAGACAGUUGUUUGAAUCUCAAGAGGUGGAGGAGGAGAGUGAUGAUGGGAUCUCAGAAGACAAGGCAGUGAUAGGAUUUUGGGGUGGAUUUAUUUGGUUGGUUGGCAUGACACUGAUCAUUGCUUUGCUGUCUGAGUACGUUGUGGGUACAAUAGAGGCUGCUUCAGAUUCAUGGGGAAUUUCUGUUAGCUUUAUCAGUGUAAUAUUGCUGCCAAUUGUUGGGAAUGCAGCUGAACAUGCUGGUUCUGUCAUAUUUGCUUUCAAGAACAAGUUGGAUAUAUCCUUGGGGGUUGCUCUAGGUUCUGCAGCUCAAAUUUUGAUGUUUGCGGUUCCUUUAUGUGUGGUGGUUGCAUGGAUAAUGGGUGUUUCCAUGGAUCUUGACUUCAGUCUGCUAGAAACUGGUUCCCUGGCCUUCUCAAUCAUAGUCACAUCCUUCACUCUCCAGGAUGGAACUUCACACUACAUGAAAGGAGUUGUUCUUUGUCUGUCCUACGGCGUCAUUGGGGCUUGCUUUUUUGUUCACAAAGGUGUGGUUGAUCAUAAUGCUUUCAUCGUCAACCCCUACAACGCCGGGAUCUCAUCAGCAUAAACAGUACUCCCUUGUCUUGGUUCCCCAAAACGACAUCCUAUCGUCGAUUGGAUUAUCAUUUGUUCAUUCAAUUAGGACAAGUAAUCGGUUCAAGAAGCUCAAAGAAAGAAAUAUUCAUUGGUGGGAUAUGCAUUGCGGAGAGAGACAUUCAGGAGGUAGCAAAUGAGGAUAUGAUGGCUUAAUUUUGCGAUGAAAAUGAAUGGUUGUGCAUAUUUCCCUGCAAUUGUUCUUAUAUUUUGAUUUAUGAUUUUGGGUUAACCAAUUAAGUCGGUGGCAUGAACCUUCCUCAUGUGAGUUUGAAAAUAAGACGCCAUUAAUUGCUUCAUAUAUUUGUAAUAAUAAUGUCCAACAAGCAAACUUGUCAACUAUAUAUAUGGAGUUUGGAUCUUUUGCUUUACAAAAUGUGUUACUAGUAGUAGUAGAGCUUUUUUUUUGUCCUUGUUUUGUUGCUAACUAAAGAUCUAUUAAUUAAUUGGAGCCUUGUCUUACUUAUA